AUGAACGAAAAGCAAGAACAGGGGAAUUCGGACGGGGCAGACAGACGACGCUUGUCCGAAAUCUCCAAGUCAACAAGCUCAAGCAGUUCAAAUGACUAUGGCUCUGGGCUGCACACUAUGCGUUCGCGGCAUACAGAGCCCGACCUGGAACGUCGUCGGACGAGGAUGUCCGAUGUCUUGAGCAGGAUCGAGACCCAGCGAUACCAGCAUGCUUUGACGGUUGGUGAAAGUGUGCGAUCCCGGGCCUCCAGAGCUUCGUUGCCUCCGUUUGGGGGCGGAAAGCCCUACCCACCACCCCUGCCGGCCCGAGAGGAGUAUGUCGUGGAAUUCGACGGGCCAGACGACCCAUUGUAUCCUCAGAACUGGUCAUUAGGGCGAAAAGUCGCCACCAGCGUCAUCCUGGCAUUCACCAGCAUUUGCUCUACAUUUGAUUCUGCCGUUUUCAGCGCUUCAACCAGCAAUGUAUCCAAGGCCUUCAGGGUCGGUACCGAAGUAUCAAGUCUUUCAAGUACGCUUUACAUCGUCGGUUACGCCUCGGGUCCGCUGAUAUGGGCCCCAUUAUCGGAACUCAGAGGUCGCCGCAUCCCCAUCAUCAUCGGCAUGCUGGGGUUUGGCAUCUUCAACACGGGUGUCGCAGUCGCAAAAGACCUGCAGACCCUUAUGCUGUGCCGAUUCUUCUCUGGAAUCUUUGGUAGUUGUCCGUUGGCCGUUGUGGCAGCUGUCUUCUCCGACAUCUACAACAACCGCACACGUGGUACCGCCAUCGCCAUGUUUUCGGGGACCGUGUUUCUCGGUCCUCUUCUGGCGCCCUUUAUCGGAGGAUUCAUCAAUGCCUCGUAUUUGGGCUGGCGUUGGACUGCUUACCUUCCUGCCAUCAUGGGUUACUUUGCUUUCGCAAUGAAUGUUCUGUUCCUAAAGGAGUCGUAUCCACCGGUGGUGUUAGUCGACAAGGCGUCAGAGCUGCGCCGUCGUACAAAGAACUGGGGUAUACAUGCAAAACAAGAGGAGAUCGAAGUCGACUUGCGCGAAUUGUUGGUCAACAACUUCUCGCGCCCCCUGCGGCUACUGUUUACCGAGCCCUUGAUCCUCGCAGUGACAGUGUACUUGAGUUUCAUCUACGGACUGCUCUAUUGCUUUUUGACAGCAUAUACCCUCGUCUUCCAAGGCGUCUACGGCAUGGCUCCUGGCGUCGGUGGGCUGCCUUUAUUUGGCAUGGUCGUGGGAUUGCUCAUUGCAGCCGUGUGUAUCAUCAUGUUGAGUGGCCCAUAUAAUCGGAAGCUGGAUGCUAACGGGGGCGUUCCUGUCCCGGAAUGGCGUCUGCCCCCUGUUAUUAUCGGUGGGGUUCUCUUUGCUGCUGGGCUGUUUUGGUUUGGAUGGACGGGGUACACGAACAAGAUUCCUUGGAUUGUGCCCACGCUCAGUGGACUAUUUACCGGAUUCGGACUGUUGAUGAUUUUCAUUCAACUGUUCAAUUAUCUCAUUGACACCUAUCUUAUGUUCGCUGCAUCAGCCAUCGCAGCGAAUACCUUUUGUCGUUCGCUGGUUGCGUCCAGCUUCCCGCUGUUCUCGCGGCAGAUGUUCAACGGCAUGGGUAUUCAGUGGGCUUCUACCUUGCUGGGCUGUGUCGCCGCUGUCCUGGUUCCUAUUCCCAUAGGGUUUUAUCUUUAUGGCGAGAAGCUGCGGGCCAAGAGCAAGUUUGCGCCGUUUGAAGAGAAGGUUCAUGAGAUGGCGCAGGUUGAGGGUGAAGUUAUCCAGGAUGUUAAUGAACGGACAUGA